AUGUUACAAAAAAUAGAAUAUUGGCAACCUUUUAUAGAAAAGAACACCCAAUAUAGACAGGAAGAAAACCUUACCUCCAGAGACGGUGGAGCGGCAAAACGGCGAUCGAGGUCUAACCUGCAAAAAUUUGGUAACCAAAAGUUUGGAGGAAUAGGAAUACUCACGGAGGAGGUGGUCUUCCACCUCCUCUGUAAUCUUUUACCGGAGAGCUACGACAGAAGCAGGACGCGCAAGAAAACGGGACACUCCUGGAAAUAG